UUGUUGUUCUAAACCACAGUUUGGUCCCACCACUCUCAGGAGAGAGGGGAAGAGAGAGCAGAAGUCUUUUAUGACCCACUGACGGGGACUACGUGGGACGGCCCGCUCUGGGGAGCAUCUGAUGGGAUUGUAAUUGUGUUUCCAGCUCACUUUGUUCUCCCUGAGAACGACUCUGCUCAGUGCUGUUGGUGCUGUAGCAUCUAUCUGUGCGUCAAGGUUGCUGGACUUUUAAAGGCAGACGGUAUCUGGGUCCCGUGGCUGAGGAGCUCAUUUGGAAGAAUCCGAGCCUGCCUUUUUCCUAUUUAGGAGUACAACGGGAGAAAAAAAGAAACACAAACAAAAUGUUUAUCUGGGCACAUCUGUGAUGAACUGAAAGGAGAGUGAGUGAGGAAUUAGUCCCAGAUGAGCACUGACAGCUGACUCCAUCCUCAAAUUCACUUGAUUUGAUUCGGCCUCAUACUUCCACUGUCAGUGAGAUAAUACACCAACUCCCUCUGUGAUAGGUCUCUAACAACCUAAGCUGUUUUCCUUUUUAGGCUGUUCACACACACAUGCACAGUCACACUCUCGCUUUCAAGCUCUUUCACUCGUCCUCAUCCGCACAACCAAAGUGGACAUAGCUUUAUCGUCAGAAACCAAAUGCCGGACUGCAAAUGAACUUUUUUUUUUGAUGCACUCUGCUGAGAUUCAAGCUUAGUAAUGUUUAUCUAGGAAAUGCAGCAGAGGACUCAACAGGCCUGACUCGCUCCUUUCAGGUGCAGCUGAAGCACCUGAUGCUCUUGUGUUUGGCUGUUUUGCAUCUCAUCCUUGUUUUGCAUCUUUUAUUCUUGGACCAGCUGAUCCUCUACUGUCCUGUCAAAGGACCUGUCUCGUUGUGCCAUAACUUGUGACCACAGACAACAAGCAGGAAUCUGGACAGCUUUCUCUGAUUUAUGAAGCAUGGGGCUUUGGGUUGCACCACAGAAGUUCACUCUGUUCAUCCCUCGCCUCCCAAAGCUGCUACUUUGAUGCCUCUUGGAGCUCAACCCAGCUCUCUCUGAACCUGCCAAUAACAUGAUGAACAAAGAUUCUCGCUUUCCAAAGAAGGUGCACAGCGGCUUCUCCACCCGCAGACACUCGUGCAUCGGUUUUGAUGUGGAGAAUGGAUUGUCGGGGGGGCGCAGUGGCCUGGACUCCCAGGCCAGUCCUGGUUCUGGUCUGGUCCUACAGGCAAACUUCCCUCACAGCCAGCGGCGGGAAUCCUUCCUCUACCGCUCAGACUCUGACUUUGACCUUUCACCCAAAGGUCCCUCCAGAAACUCCUCCACUGCCAGUGACCUGGAAGAAAGCUUGAAGCACUGGGAGGUCAACUGGUUGUCAUCUCGACACACAGAGGACAUGAUAGUCACACCAUUUGCACAGGUCCUCGCCAGCCUGAGGACAGUCCGAAGUAACUUCGCCAUCAUCACUGGUCAGCAGGACCGCCCCGCCAGCAAGACGCGGUCCUCCAGCAGCAACCCGCCAUCCAUGUGUAAGACCAGCCUGGCAGAGGAGCCUCACCAGCAGCUGGCCAUAGAGAUGCUGGAUGAGCUGGACUGGUGUCUGGAGCAGCUGGAGACGCUGAAGACGCGGCACUCUGUCAGCGAGAUGGCUUCAAACAAGUUCAAGAGAAUGCUGAACCGGGAACUCACUCAGCUGUCAGAGACCAGCCGAUCAGGGAACCAGGUGUCUGAGUUCAUCUCCAGCACCUUCCUGGAGAAGCAGCAUGACAUGGACAUCCUGUCCCCUCCCACCAAGGAGAAGGACAAAAAGAAGCGGCCCAUGUCUCAAAUCAGCGGCGUGAAGAAGCCCACGCACAGCCCCAGCCUUGCCCCCUCCACCAUCCCUCGCUUUGGGGUCAACGCCAGCCAGGAGGGACUCCUGGCCAAGGAGUUAGAAGACAUAACCCGAUGGGGCAUCGACAUCUUCAAGAUCUCUGAAUACUCUGGGAAUCGCCCCCUGACGGUCACCAUGUACACUAUUUUCCAGGAACGUGACCUGCUGAAGUCCUUUAAGAUCCCUACAGACACCUUCAUCACCUUCAUGAUGACGUUGGAGGAUCACUACCACGCUGACGUAGCUUACCAUAACAACAUCCACGCUGCAGACGUGGUCCAGUCCACGCACGUGUUGCUGUCCACGCCCGCCCUGGAGGCUGUGUUUACUGAUCUGGAGAUCCUUGCCGCCCUGUUUGCCAGCGCCAUCCACGAUGUGGAUCACCCCGGAGUUUCUAAUCAGUUUCUCAUCAACACCAACUCGGAGCUGGCCUUGAUGUACAACGACUCGUCCGUGCUGGAGAACCACCACCUGGCCGUAGGCUUUAAGCUCCUGCAGGAAGACAACUGCGACAUCUUCCAGAACCUCAGCAAAAAACAGAGGCAGUCGCUGCGUAAAAUGGUCAUUGACAUGGUGUUGGCCACAGAUAUGUCCAAACACAUGAACCUGCUGGCAGACCUGAAAACUAUGGUUGAAACUAAGAAAGUCACCAGUCUAGGAGUGCUGCUGCUGGACAACUAUUCAGACCGCAUACAGGUUCUUCAGAAUAUGGUGCACUGCGCAGACCUCAGCAACCCCACCAAACCUCUGGAGGUGUACCGGCAGUGGACUGACCGAAUCAUGGUGGAGUUUUUCACCCAGGGGGACAGGGAGAGGGACAAGGGCAUGGAGAUCAGCCCCAUGUGUGAUAAACACAAUGCCUCCAUAGAAAAGAAUCAGGUGGGUUUCAUAGACUACAUUGUCCAUCCGCUGUGGGAGACGUGGGCCGACCUGGUCCACCCAGAUGCUCAGGAGAUCCUGGACACACUGGAGGAUAACAGGGAGUGGUACCAGAGCAUGAUCCCCCACAGCCCCUCACCCAACCCCGAGGCCCAGCAGGAGGGAGGCCUCGCCGGGGAGGCGUCAGCGCACAGCCGGGCCCGUGGCUCCGCUUCCACCGAUAAGUUCCAGUUUGAGCUGACCUUGGAGGAAGAGCGGGAGUCUGACACUGAGGAGGAGGAGGAGGGCUUCAACGGGAAUAGAGGGUCUGAACUCUCCAGGACUGAUGCUAGUGGAUUUGAUGCUCCGGCUCACCGCAACCCAAAACUGCCCACUACUGAAUCAGAGAGGACGUUUUCUAUAGAGUCCGAUACGGAUCUGACAGAAGACAUAGAAACGGGCCAGAAAGUCGUAUCUGGGGUCCCGCGCUUCAGGCUUGGCACAUAGCACCAGUCAAAACUUUUCCUUUGUUGGCCUUUUUUAGUUCAUUUUAGUUUUUGGUUGUUGGUGCCUCUUCCUCCAUCCACCCCACCUCCCAGCCUCUGGUGUUCACAGACAGGGUGCUGGGAAGCCUCGUGGAGAGUGGUACCACGGCAUGCGUGGGGGAGGGGGCGUUACGACAGCCUGCGUUGUUACACAGCAGGCACUUGCACAGAGACACACUGAGAAGCAGGAGACUGAGGCGACCGCUCCUUUGUGUUCCCUGUCUUUCGGUCAGACAUACUGUGGAUGCAUUUUUCAAAGACAAUACGAAGUAAGAAAAAACUUCCCUUGUAACCAGCCAACCUCUGAUCUGCUACAGCUAAUGACACUAAUGACGGUCUUCCUCUUUGAGAAGCCUUUGCGGGAGCGCAAGGAAGUGAUGAAUGACAAUGAAAACACAGCAGCAAUGUGAGACAUCUUGCCAAACUUCCGACAAACACAGGGACAGUUCUGUUUUGCCUAACAUUUACAUUUUCAGUUGUUUUCCGUACACAAUGAAUGAAGAUACAGUCAGUAGCAGACUUUAAAGCGAAGCAAUGGCAGAAAGGAGCUAUGCAUGAUUUAAUGCAGGAACCUAUAAAUGUAGCACACAUUCAGUUGUUAUUGUACAUGUAGCGCUCUCUUCCGCUGGUGUUUCCCAUUUAAUGGUGUUCAAAAUAUAACUAAUGUGCUGCAAACUACAUGUUAUUUUAAAGUUAUCAGUUCAGGCUCACUCUUCCAUUUUAUGAUGCUAAAAGAUGAAUUGGUCAGCAGCACAACAAAGCGGCUGUGCACAUGGCGCCUCCUAGUGUUGACAAGUGGAACUGUAUUUCUUGCACUAGAAGCCAAUCCUUUGCAUGGAACGAUAGACACUACGGAAAGAGAUACAAAAACAUAUUUGACUGUAGGACUAUCCAAAAUAUCAGAUUGAGGUUUGUUGUUGAUUCUGUGCUUAUUUGAUUUUUUUUUUAUAUUUGGCACCCUUUUUGUCAGUCUGCCUUCAGGUUUAGCACUUUACAUUUGCAGUGAUAGCGUGCCCUCGUCGUGGUCGUCUAAGGGCUCAAGGCCAAACGUGAACACGUUGGAGGCUGCUGACUAUGAAGAAGUUUGUCACUGACUGUGAGGCAACCAGCACAACAUCAAGCAAAGUCUGAAAGUUAAUUAACAACUGCACCACUAUUCACUCACCUACUGUAAAUCCACACCAAACACAUGAUGGAACUAUUAUUAUUAUUAUUAUUAUUAUUAUUAUUAUUAUUAUUAUUAUUAUUAUUAUUAUUAUUAUUAUUAUUAUUAUUAUAGGAUUUUGCUAACAAGAGACAGUCCUGUGCCACAAUUGUUUUAUCUUUUUACUCUCAUAGAUCAAUAUUUCGCUCUUCACAGGGACAUAGUCAAUGACAAAACAAGUGCCAGGCCAUUGUGACACAACCCGUACUGUAAUUUCCAUCCUGCCACUGGCUACUUUCCAUCGGUGACUGAUGCAGUUGGCUGAUUGUAGCACCCUGUGUGUGCCAAUCCGACCCUCGUGUCUCUCUUCCUUUUUUUUGUAACUCCUGUUCAAACGGUAACUGAAACUGAUGUUGUCUUAAAACGGUGAUGUGUUCGUGUGCGCGUGUGUGUAAAAGAAUGAACGACUGUGUUUUGUGAUGUAUUUACUAGGAAAAAACCAAAGCACUUUGUAUGGUACUCUCACAGUUCUGCACUUCCAGGCCCCGUUGAAUAUGUAUCACACGACUGUUUUUUGUUGGUUGUUGGGGAUUAGGUUGAAUUGCACGGGCUAAACACUGCAGCUCUUAAGACGUUGGAGGGACUGAAGUCGUCUGGUAGUCUACAUAUUAGUACUUACAGAACUUACUGGGGAGAAACAUUUAUUUUAUUACCAUGAAACAGUAAACAUGUUAUUGUUUUGAUGGAAUGAAAGUGUUUUUUGACACCUUAUUUUCAAACUCUGGACUUUUUUUUCUGGCCAUAAUUGUGUUCACUGACAUGCUGGAGUAAAACGUGCAAUCCUUUCUGUAGCCAUAAACAGACCAACACUCAAGGAUGCCUUCAACACUAAGGACUAUGUAACAACAGCUUAACCAGCACAACAUGCAAAGAUUCUGUCUGCCUCUGUGGGUGUCACUAACUGUUUGAUUUUGUAAUUCUCCUCACAGUGUUUCAUGUACAGUUAAUUUAUUAUUUCUAUAUUAUCUGUCAAAAACAUUGGAGCAGCGAAUCUUCUUAGUUGGAGGUCAAACCGAAACGAUUACAGUACAACUACUGCUCAGCUUGUUUUGUCACUUCAUUACUUUAUGUCUUCAAAGAACAUUAUGCAUAAGAGAAAAUAUUCACUUUAGUGCUCUGAAAAAAAUAGUUUUCUCCUUUCGCAACUUCCUCUGGUCUCUCUUACAGUAUGUUUGCUAAUGUACAACUUGUAUUUAUAGUGACGAUUUAGUAACAUGGCCUCAGCUGUCAACCCACAUCAGUAUUUCUCUCAAUAGAGAUUUUAUGAAUCGGUGUCAUGAAGUGAGACUCUGCAGUUUUGACAAUCCAGACUCCGCUGUUUAACAGUGGGUGUGUCUCUCCAGCUACAACUGUAUGCCUUGCCAAUAAAGAUAAAUUUAAAACUCUUCA